AUGGCUAACAUCUCAUCCCCAACAGACAAACCCGACAAUGAUGAGAAUAAGGGCAUGUAUCAGACAAGUGUCAAUUCGGUUGCUAUAGAGGAACCACUCGACUGCCCGAAUACCAAGCGAGAUCUUAAAGCCCGCCACGCGCUCUUUAUUGCCUGGGGUGGCACUGUGGGAACUGGCCUCUUUAUCACCACCGGCAAAACACUUGCGACGGGUGGACCUGCGUUUCUUGUCGGGAGCUACGUCUUUGUAUCCAUAAUGGUGUACUUCAUUCUUACGGGUGUCAUUGAGAUGGCCACCUUCCUCCCCGUCCGCGGAGGCUCCAUGAGUCGGUACGCCGGCAUGUUCGUGUCGAAGAGUCUCGGUUUUGCUAUGGGCUGGCUUUAUGUCUACUCCUUCGCCAUACUAGUUCCAUUUGAGCUUACGGCAUGCGCUAUCCUCAUAGACUUUUGGCAACCGGGUGUUAACAGCGCAGUCUGGAUUACCAUUUUGUUGGUCUUGCUGGUCAUUCUCAAUGUCCUUCCGGUAAAGUUCUACGGUGAAGCAGAAUUCUUCUUCACUGGUGUCAAGCUGGCUACCAUCAUUGGUCUGCUCUGCCUUUCUUUUAUCCUGUUCUGGGGAGGAGGUCCUGGGCACAACAUGCUCGGGUUCCACUACUGGAAAGACCCUGGUGCGGCAAAGACCUUGAUCCUCGAAGGCGACGCUGGCAGACUCAUAGCAGCUAUUGCGACUGUCAUUAGCAGUAUCCUUCCCUUCUCAUUUACGCCUGAGAUGGUGGUCGGAACAGCUGCCGAAAUCAGAGACCCGAGAAAGAAUGUACCAAGGGUGGCGAAACAUUUUACCUGGCGCUUGAUUGUUCUUUUUGUCGGCAGCGCCAUCGGAAUAUCGGUCGUCUGCCCUUAUAAUGCUUCCACACUUACGAGUGGAAGCGAUGCCGCAUCCUCGCCAUGGGUUGCAGGCAUCCACCAAGCUAGAAUAGCCGGCUGGGACAGUGUUAUUAACGCUGUGGCGCUUAUAGCAGCCUGGUCAACGGGCAACGCAUUCCUUUACCUCUCCAGCCGUUGUCUUCAUUCCAUGGCCGUGGAAGGUAGCGCGCCUCGAAUAUUUCAACGCUGCACUGCAAAAGGCGUGCCCAUCUACGCUGUUGGUGCAACGGCCUGCGUCUCUCUUCUGGCCUAUAUGACACUCAACUCUUCGUCGGCCACUAUCUUGAACUGGCUGUUGAACUUGGUGAACACUGGCGGGUUCUUGUCAUGGAUUUGUUGCUCGAUCACAUAUCUUCGUUUUCGAAGAGCUUGUGAGGUGCAGGGAAUUCAUAAGUCAAAGCUCACGCAGAGGUCCCCGCUACAGCCAUAUACAUCGUGGAUUACGCUCGUUACUUUCAGUGUGUUAUGCCUUUUGAACGGCUUCACGGUCUUUUUCCCGUCUGAAUGGUCAAUUGCUUCAUUUAUGUCAGCGUAUAUCGGUUUGCCCGCGUUUUUUAUCUUGUACUUUGCUCACAGAUUCACUUACCGCAAAGAUUCUUGGGUCAUUCCGUCCGAAAGUGUGGUCCUACAGCUGGCUUCAUUGCAGUUGGAAGAUAUUUAA